CGCCUCCACCAUCCUAUUCUCUCUUCCAUGGUAACCCAUUCUCACUUCACCUUCUUCACUCCCAAAUGCACGAUCCCAUUUUCUUCUUCGCCUUCCUCGCUUCUCUCUCACUCCUCUCUCUCACUUUUCUCUCCUUCUCCAUCUACAAAAGGUUCUCCAAAACAGAUAAACAACACCACCACCCUCCUCCGCCGCAGAACCUGGAAACUCCUAACGAUCCAGUCGACGACGGGGUUCCUCGACCCGGAGAAAAUGCCCCGACCCACUUGACAAGUUCGGUUUUUUUGGAGGUUUUGCCCUCCGAUUCUGCGAAAUGGGCGUGCUUGUUUGAAGAUAGGGAUUCAGUAUCUUCCGCUAUGGAGGUUCCUGGAGCGGAGCAAAGAGGGAAGAAGAAGAGAAAGAAGGGGAAGAAGAAGAAAGCGAAUUCGGGAGCUGAAGAGAGUGAAGGUGCCAAUACGGGUUCGGAUCCUGGGGUUCAUUUUGAAUCGGGUUGCUUGUACCCGUUCACUUCUUCAAGCAGCGCUAUGCAGAGAAGGAUCAAACUGCAGUAUGAUGAACUCGUCAAGUGCAACGAGUCCAAGAAAUUGACACUCGCCCAGGUUGUACAGUUUGCUAAUUGUUUGGUUGAUGUUAGGAAUGAACUACAACACAAGGCUGAUGCGAUCCAACGUAAAUUUGUAAUAACAAAGGCUUUAUUAUGCAAGGCAGACAGAUCUUCUUUUGAUCGACUGCGUCAACAGAUAUACAAGCUUGAAUUGGAGCAAAAGAGAUUAGAGGAGGAUGCUUUUGUUUAUAAUUCACUUCAACAGCAGCUUAAACUCUCACCAGCAUACCAGAAGAUGCUUGAAGUUGGGGCUUGCAUGGACAAGGCGAAAUCCCGUGAACUGGUAGAGAACAGAGACGACGAAUUUGCUGACAUUUCUUUUGAAGAAUUAUUAGCACAAGAAAAGAAGGAUUCAUUCUG